UUUCCCCCCCCCCCCUCUCUCUCUCUCUGCUCUUUCCCAGAUGGAUUUGCAGUCACCGUUUCAAGCGAUUGUAGCAGUGCUUUUCCUCUUCUACUCAUACAAGUUUUUCAAACACAAACGUCAUGCCAAGAACGGCGUCGAGCCCCCCAAACCAAGAAGCGCCUGGCCGAUCUUGGGCCACCUACCCCUCCUCGCCGGCCAAACACCCGUUUUCCGGAAGCUCGCAGCCAUGGCCGAUACCUACGGCCCGAUAUUCUCUCUUCAACUCGGCAUGCACCGGGCUGUUGUUGUUAGCAGCAAGGAAAUGAUUAAAGAUUGCUUCAUUACGAAUGAUGCCGCUUUCAUGGAUCGGCCGGAGACCGCCGCCAUGAAAUACUUGGGCUACCAUGGCGCCAACUUCGGAUUAGGCCCGCACGGACCCUACUGGCGGAAGAUGCGCAAGGUCACCACCCUCGAGCUUCUCUCCGACAGGCGGAUAGGCUCGCUCGGCCACGUCCGCGCCGCAGAGGUGGGUGCCGCGAUAAGAGAGUUGUCCGCAAGGUGCGGCGGAACAACCACGGUGGACAUGGCCAAAUGGUUCAGGCAAGUGACUAGAAACAUGAUUCUGAAAAUGAUCGCCGGAAAACGAUACGAUACUGGAGAAGAUGGAGAUAACGAAUCGGAGAAAGAACGGUUCACGGAAGCGUUUGGGGAACUUGCGAAUUUGACGGCGAGUUUCGAUUUUUCGGCGGUGGUGCCGCACUUGAGGUGGCUUGAUUUGCAAGGAAGGGUUAGGGCAAUGAAGCGAAAUGCGAAGAAGGUGGAUGGGUUUAUGAGCAGUUGGGUGGAAGAGCAUCUCCAGAGGUGGCAGAAGGGCCAGGUGGAAGAGCACGACUCCGACUUCAUCUACGUGAUGCUAUCUUUGUUUGCUGAACAUGACUCCAUUGAAGGCUACAAAACCGAGACCGUCAUCAAGGCUUUGGCCCAGCUCUUCAUCUUAGCAGGAACAGAAACCCCAGCUCUCACCAUGACGUGGGGACUAUCCCUCUUACUAAACCACAAAGAAACCCUAAAGGGGGCGCAAGAAGAGCUCGACCUUCACGUCGGCAAAGAAAGAUGGGCAGAAGAAUCAGACAUCAAUAACUUGCCAUAUCUUCAAGCCAUUGUCAAAGAAACUCUGCGCUUAUAUCCAUCUGGCCCAUUAUCAGUGCCGCGAGAAGCCCGCGCAGAUUGCUACGUUGGAGGCUACCACGUUCCCAAAGGAACAACAUUAAUCGUAAACUUAUGGAAGCUGCAUCGCGACCCGAAUGCAUGGGCUGAUCCAGGUGAAUUCAGGCCAGACAGAUUCCUCCCUAGCCAUGAGAGGCCGGAUGUGAGAGGGCACCAACUUGAGUACCUUCCGUACAGCACUGGCCGGAGAAUGUGUCCCGGCAUUACAGCUAGCAUGCGAAUGGUGCACUUGACGCUCGCUCGUGUUAUUCAAGGUUUCAAUUUUGCUACUCCCAUGGAUGGAAGUGUUGAUAUGAGGGAAGGAUCAGGGAUGGCGCUAUCUAAAGCCAGACCCGUCGAUGUGAUACUCACUCCACGACUUUCACCUAAGCUGUAUGGAUUGUAAAAUUCCCACUGAAAGGCCAAACGCGCCUCCAAUAUUGCCACUGGCGGAUCCAGGAAUUUAGGUUGGGCGUCUAAACUUUAAAAAGUUAAUAUAAUAAAAUUUUUAUGUAAUAAAAAAAUUAAUAUAAUAAAUUUUCACUAAAUUUGUGCUUGAUGAAAUUUUGAAACAAAAAAAUUAUUAAACUUGUGCUAUAUUG